GUGGGUCCUCUCCUCCCUCUCCCGUCGGGACCGUGGCGGCUGCAGGCGCCAUUGCCAUCUUCCCCUAGCUGCGGGAGGGGUCACAGGUCAGGGUUCCUAGAUCGUCGGGUGGAGUCGGGCCGAGGUCUCCAGCCUGGAGCUACGCGGGAGGGGGAGGCCCAGGGAACCGCGGGGCAACAAGCUGAGCGGGCUACGGAGCCCCAAGCCCCUCUCUCUGAGAGCCCGGGCUCCGUCCCCGCGCUGCCCUCCGCCCGGCCCUGGCCCGACGCCGUUGUAGGGGCUUGCACUCCCGGGGAGGGGUACAGGCUGCGGCGCGAGACCGUGUCCGCUCGCCGCGCCCCUGAGGGGGCCGGGAGUGUGACCGGAGCAGGAUGGAGGCGGGUGCGCGCGCGGGCGGCGGUGGCGGAUCCUCCGGAGGCUCCGCGGCGGCGGUGGCGGCGGCGCAGUCCCGCGAGUACAAGCUGGUGAUGCUGGGCGCCGGGGGCGUGGGCAAGAGCGCCAUGACCAUGCAGUUCAUCAGCCAUCGAUUCCCAGAGGAUCACGACCCCACCAUCGAAGAUGCAUAUAAAAUCCGAAUUCGUAUCGAUGAUGAACCUGCCAAUCUUGAUAUAUUGGAUACAGCUGGACAGGCAGAGUUCACAGCUAUGAGGGACCAAUACAUGAGGGCAGGAGAAGGAUUUAUCAUUUGUUAUUCUAUCACGGAUCGUCGAAGUUUCCAUGAAGUUCGAGAAUUUAAGCAACUGAUCUAUCGAGUUCGGCGGACAGAUGACACACCUGUAGUGCUGGUGGGAAACAAGUCUGACCUGAGACAGCUGCGCCAAGUCACCAAAGAGGAGGGCAUAGCUUUGGCCCGUGAAUUCAGUUGCCCAUUUUUUGAAACUUCAGCUGCCUACCGGUACUAUAUCGAUGAUGUGUUCCAUGCCCUCGUGAGGGAGAUCCGUAGGAAGGAAAAGGAGGCAGUGCUGGCCAUGGAGAAGAAGUCCAAACCCAAAAGCAGUGUGUGGAAAAGACUGAAAUCACCUUUCCGAAAGAAAAAAGAUUCAGUAACUUGAAGGAACAAAUGAAAAUGUUUGUACCUGUGAACUGCAGCACGUGACCAGGGCAGGCUGACCUGUGUGAGCGUGCAGAGCUUGCUCUUCCUCCUGUUUGGACCAUUGUUUUUAAAUAAGGCAGAGAUGAAGGGAACAGACCUACUGGGGUUUUCCAAGGAGGUGGUAUUUAGAGUAAUGUCUUUUCAUACUUAGGAGCCCAGUGGGACAGUGCCUCCAUUUUUGUUUUAAAUCGUCACUUUUGAGUUUAACCCAUAAGUACUCUGAACUCGCCCUAGGGGGUAUGUAUCUCUCAUGGGAACUGCACCAAGCUCCCAGAAGAAAAACUUUUCUGUUGUGCAAUCUGUAUCAUCUUUCAACUUUCAGUUUCCUAGGGUUGCCCCAAAGGAGGGACCUUUGUCUUCCUGUUCUUGCUCUGCUUUCUAAAGGCAGAGCAGAAAGCCAGCCAGGAAACUUGUUAAAGUCAGUGCUAAAGAUCAUCAGAUAGCUGGGGAGCUGACUCCUGAUGCCUGCCAUGGGAUAUGAAAGGCUAGAGAUGGGGAGACCAUGAAGUGUUUGCCUGCCCUGGCUGGGAAUCGAUAGCUGAGUGAAUGGUGAGAUCCCCAGAAUGUACUAACUCAGGCCUCGGUUUCCUAAUAUAGUAUGUGCCAAAAUUGCCAUGUGGACUGGAAUAGGUGAAUACAAACAAAUCAAAUACAGUGAGAUUUCUCCUGUGGUUCUAAUUUACCUGACUUGAACAACUUGGCAUUUCCUUAGCCUCAUUGAAGUUAAUGCUAUAGGAACCCCCAGGGGAUUGCCAAACCCUUCAUUAUAUAAAUCCCCAACUAGUUUGCCAUCCUCUUGGUUAGAAUCAUUUAAAAAAUUUUUUUCAGGGGCCUAUAGAGCAUUCACCAGCCUUAUUCGCAGUUCCUUUUGUUUUUUAAGUCCCCCAUCCCCCUCUAGAAAACAGUAACACACUUCCAUGAGGAAGAACAAGACCUAGGGAAAUGAUUUGGGGCUCUUCUUCAAACUGCCAAGACUGGGAGGUGUGUGUGUGUGCGCCUUCUGGCUAUCCAGAGCCACUAGACUUGGUGCUUUAAGAGAAAUAACUGUAACAUUUAGAUUUUACUAAGUUGUAGCUGUUAUUAAGGGGGCCAUUUCUUUACAAUUUUAAAUUCUUACAUGUUUAGUUUAUCCUUGAAUCCCCUCACAAGAACUAUCUUACCAAUGAUGAAAUGCUAUCAGUAUUGUUGAGUUCUCUGUGUUGUCAGUAUCAUUUUGACAAAAGAGCUUGGAAUAUAGAGAUGGGGUGCAGAAGUGCUGAACCCAAUUCAUUUUAGGGGUAGUGAGGUGGCCCAGUGGAUAGAGAGCCAGCCUGGAGUCAGGAGGUCCUGGGUUUAAAUCUGGCCUCUGCCACUUCCUGGCUGUGUGAUCCUGGGCAAGUCACUUAGCCCCUAGUGCCUACUCCUACUGCCUUUCUUCCUUGAAACGGAUACUUUAGUAUCAAUUCUAAGAUAGAAGGUAAGUUUUGUUUUUUUUUUAAGGUAAUUCAUAUUGUGCAGGAAAAAGCAGCUUUGACAUUGUUGGUGUUCACCUUUCUCUACUUUGACCUUUAGUAAGAUGAUUUUGUAUUUAUAUAGCACCUUCUUAAAAAUAACUAAAAUUCCCUGUUUGUUUUCCCCUUUGGGUUUUUGAAGAAAAGGGCUUGUUUUAUCUGAAUAUUGCUGCUGGAUAAACCAUGUACUGUAAUAGUCAAGACAAGCAAGAAUGCAUGACUCAUACCUAAUAUUAAGAGAAAAAUGAUUCUUGGGGUCCUUUGUGGCUUUAAAAUAGGAGGGUGAAUGUCAAACAGCACAUAUAUAUAUGUAAAUAUAUAUAUAUAUAUAUAUAUAUAUAGAGAGAGAGAGAGAGAGAGAGAAAUGAGGUAUUAUGUUGAUUAUGAAGUCAUUUAUGUCAUAACAGAAAUUAAUAACUACAAUAGCAUCCAGUUUAGCAAACCCAGUAAAAUAUGUUGUGUCAUUUCCCCUCCUCCACUUUCUAUAAGACAAAGGGGGAUUCUAUGCCAUAUAACAGGAAAAGGAAAUAGCUGGCUUCAUUUUUAAAGUUCUCCCUUUUUUUUGGCUUGUUUUUUCUUAAUUUGUGGUCAAUCGACAAGUAUUUAUUAAGCUCCUACUAUGUGCAAGGCACUGUGUCAGGUGCUGUGAGGGCUACAAAGCCAAAUAUGGCACAGUGCUGCCUUUCCUUCAAGAAAUUACUGUCAGGUAUUUAAAUUUACAAUCUAAGAAUGAAUUAGCCUGGUUAACUAAUCCUUUCUUUAUCUCAGCUCUCAGGCCUUAUUAGCCUAUCACUUUUAACAGGUAAAAGUUCAGGGCUAAACUAAAAGACAGAACUAGCCCAGUUCAUUAAAUUGUUGUACCUAGUAGGAUUUGCUUUUUGGAAAUGGGAAGGGGGCAUGUUUCAAUUUUGAAACAGUGAAAUCAACAGCAAGUCCUGGCCUCUGAUGAUCAGGAAAAAAGAAUGCUUUUCACUUAUUCACAUAUAUGAAGACAUUAAUUGUACUUGACAAAAUACAGAAUUUAAAAAAAAAGUCUUAGUGUUUGCUUUUUUUUUGGUCUACAUGUGAGUGAGUGAAAGUGCUUGGAACCAUACUAUAGCAUGGAAAAGAAGGACUUGUAUUUUGAAAGAACUUAAACCAACACUAGGGACAGUUAGGUAGAACAGUGGACAGAGAGGACUAUGCUUGGAAUCAGGAAGAGUUCAAAUGUGGCCUCACACUUACUAGCUGUGUGACCCCGAGAGUCACUUAAUCCUGUUUGCCUUAGUCUGUAAAAUGCUGGAGAAGGAAAUGGCCAACCAUUCCAGUAUCUUUGCCAAGAAAACUCCAAAUGGACUCAUGAAGAGUCAGACUUGCCCCCAAACAACAAACCAACACAAUAGUUUAUAGAAGGCCAGAUCCUGGCAUGAUACUGGGGAAAUCUGCCCAGAAUUAGAACAUGUAACGAGCAGCCUGAGAUUGUCAUUGGAGGUUUUCAGGAAGAGGCUUGGUGAUUGCCUAUCUGACUCAUGUAUGUUGCAUAGAGCACUCGUGUUCAGCCAGGGGAUGUUGGACUUCCCAUCAAUGGCUUCUGAGGUAUCUUCCAAUUCUAAUAUUGCUUGAUUGUUUACACAAAUACACAUAUACACCUUCAUUUGCUCUUUGCUCUCCCCUGCAUUCUAUUUCAGAGGAGUGCUGGAGAGAUAGAAGAGGUAGUCCUUGUCCACAAGAAACUCAUGCUCUGACAUGGAGAGAUCUGACAAAAACAUAAAAAGAGUGUAAACAGAGGUUAAAGGAUUAGUCUUGGAGUCAGGAAGAUCUGAGUUGAGGUUCUGCCCCUGACAAACUUGCUGUGUGACUGGGGACAAGUGAUUUCAACUUUGCGGUGACCCAGGCAACAUUUAAGAUGAUAAGUUAUAGAUGAGUUAUUAAUAUUCAUAUGUUCAUAGAGUUUUCCAUACAGGGAGUUCCCUAUACUCACAAAAUCACAAAUCUAGACAAAAACGUCUGUGUAUGAGGGACAGAGGAGAAUGGGGAGUGGAGACAGACAGGAGACAAAUGAAAUUUUACUAGUUAUUAUAGGAGCAGCUAGAGAGUACAGUGUUUAGAGAACCAGGCCUGGAUUCUUCACUUUCCCCACACUAAAGUACCUCCUAUCCAUUUUUCACAAAAUUUAAUUUUCUCAGCUCAUACAUAUGCAAACAAAAUUAAUGUUUAUUUUAUAUGGCACAUGUCUUGAAUGCUAAGAAUAACAUUGGUAAAUAAUUUAUACUGGCUUUAUGGCUUUAAUGUUCCCCAGGUAGGUUUUUUUAAGUUCAAGGACUUUGUACAAACUCUUCUCAUGAAGUUUCUCCAUAAAGUGUUUGUGAUAAUUGCUCCUUGUAAUUUUUUUCUUUUUUUUUUAAACACUUACCUUCUGUCUUUGAAUUUAUAUCAAUUCCAAGACAAAAGAACUGGUAACAGCUAAACAGUGGAGGUUAAGUGACUUGCCCAGGGUCACACAGCAAGGAAAUGUAAGAGGCCAUAUUUGAACCCAGGGCCUCUUGACCUGGUCCUCCAUUCACUCUGCUCCCUAUCUGCCCCCAUGUAGUUCUUUUUCAACCACUUUCCAAGAUUGAUAUUUUUUCUUUGUAACAACCAUAAUGGAAGUUUUCAACUUCAAACAAAUAAAAUGUGAAUAGUAAUAAAAUUUAUAUUGUUUUGCAUAUA